UGGGUGGGGUCACAUGUCCAUGGAAAUAAUAUAGUGAAAAGGUCCCACCCACAAUGGGUCUGCCCCCACAAGAGUGGAUUAAAAGAGUGUGGCUUUUCUGGGGUACGUAACAGCUUCAAACCGACACACACGUGCCCGCACACACUCUCACCCAUGGAAUUUAACAGACUCUGCCCUGUGGGUGCCUGAGCCACGGGGCGGCUGUGGGCUGGGGUCGGGCUGUGCCCUGGGCGGGUGCCGUAGUUGGACUGCGCUCCCCAGGGGGAUCCGUUCAAACCCCAAUCCUCGUUACCUAUGAACAUGGCCUAUUUGGAAACGGGGUCUGUGCGGAUGGUUGCAAGUGAAGAGGGGCUGUGCUGGGUGGCCCCAACCCCGACGGCCAUCCCAGGAGAAGGGGGAAUUGACACGGGCCCAGGGAGAAGGUGGGAGACGAGGCGGUGGUGACGCGGUGCUGCCACAGCCGGGACGCAGGGGUGGCCGGGAGCCUUAGGAGUGGAAAGAGAUGGGGGGGCCCCCUUGGAACUUCCAGGGGGCACGGCUCUGCCCACCCCAUCUCGGACCUGGGCCUCUGUAACCCAGAGACGAUGGAUUCUGUCGUGCUGAGCCCGUUUGUGGGGCUGGGACGGGGUCGGACCUGAGGCUGCACCCCUGGGACCCUACGUGACCUUUUUUGGCCCGUGACCCCUGAGCCUCAGCUCCUUCCCUGUAAACGGGGGCGGUGAGGCCCCCGCCAGCUUGCUGGCACGAUUGGAAACAACCCCAGGCAGCGUGCGGCUGGGACGGAGAAGUGCCCUGCCCCGAGGCCCGGCUGCAGCGGGACGGAGCCGGGGGUCACGUCGCUGCUGUUCUCUGAUCAGGAGGCCUUCCGGGCCGUGAGCGUCCUCCUGCAGGAUGUUCCCGCAGCGCAGACGCCGACGAGGAAGCAGGCCGGUGUCCCUCCCUCCGUCAGCAGGAGGCCCCCAGCCGCGCGGGGUUUGGACAGGGGCGGCUCUGCCCUCUCGCUGCCGUCCCACAGCGGACACCCCAGGACCGGCUGCCAGGUGGUGACGUGACACCCGGUCCUCCUGUCCCCCGUCCGCCCAUCUUCCUGUCCUUCUGUCCUGUCCUGCCGCACACAGGCAGGUCUGCUCUCCGCCAGCGCACACGGCUCUGCCCUUGUCUGACCCUGAGGACCCAGAACCCCAGGUCAGGGGGCAACACCGAGACCCCCUCGCAGGCCAUGCAGGGGCAGCACCGCCCCCCCGGCUUCCUCUUCUGCUGUCCGCUAGGAUGAGGCCCCAUUUAUGGGGCGUCUCUGGUUCCUGGGGAGGCCGAGAUGUCAUGCCCUUCCCGAGGAUGGCCUUCCCCGUUGAGGGGUGCAUCUCCGCUGCCUCCAGAACAUUCUUUCUGCUGUGAUCGUCCCCACCCCCCCCCACCUCCCUACCAGUCCGCAAGCCGCCGGGACGAGCUCUGUCCUCUCCCCCGAUGCGAGCAGCCAAGGCUCUGGGGGUGCAGGUUCCUGGGCCUGGCUGUCCCCCGGGGUGGGUGACACUGCUCUGGGGGGCCCUGUGGGGUCUGCCCCGGGUGCUGGCCGGCACGGGGAGGCUGAGGGUGAGUGCAGAGGUGCCCCUCCUGGCUGCUUCUGUCCCAGGGCACCCCUCGGGGACCCCCAGGAGGGAGGCAUCGCUGUUGGGACGUCCCUGGGGCCAGGUCGGCGUUAGGAGUUCGUCGUGCAGGGUGGGAGCCGAGGGCAAGACAGCCUGGCGCAGGCAGCCCUCGCCGCUCCGGCAGUGACGUCCUGAAGUGGCUGCGGAUGCCGCCUCGGCGCCCUCAGGCAUCGCUGCUGGGGAAAGGAGGCCCCUGCGGGACGCGGUCCCAUUUCACCGAGCGGCCGGUGCACCACCGGGCUCUAAGUGCGUUUUGAUCAAAGGCCCCUCGUUUGUACACUUUGUCGAUUGGUUCCCACUGAGCACACGGCCCGGGCCCGGACAGAGCUUCCGGGACGCCUGUGUUCCCCGAGAGGAUGUCCCGGGCGUCCCGGGCUCAGGAACGCCGGAGAGCGCGGCGCUGUGCGCUGGGGGCCGUCUCGACAGCAGAUCACCACAGAACACCCCGCACUGUGCAGCGCGGCACUGAUGACCGGGGGGUCACGGACAAAGGUCAGUGCAGACGAGGUUGCAGACAGCAUCAAGGGUGACAAGCAGGGCGGAGUUGGUUCCCAGGGUGCCGGGGUGCCUGUGCUUUCCCGCCCCCCGACCUUCGGGCAGGGUCCAGCUGGUUCCCCUCCUCUGAGCUCUCCCCGAGGUGUGCCCCGGCCUCCCUCCCAGCCCUGGCCGUCGGGGUUACGGUCACUGCAGCCGUCAUGCCGUCCUCACCCUGCAUGGAGCUGGACGCCCUGUGCCCCCAGCCCCUCCUCCAGGGCUGCCGGUCUCUUCCAGGACGUGAUGGGGGAGUGUGGGUGCUGGGCCACGUGGCCGCCCUGUCCUGGGGGAGCCCCAGAGGGACGGCAGCGUGCAGUGUCUAGAGGGGCCUAUCCCCAGGGGUCGCUGCUUGGUGGGUUCAGAUAUCCCAUCCAGGCAGGAGGCGGCUGGGGGUGCGGGAACAAGGCCAGGCUUUUGCUUUGUGUAACUGUGUCCCUGACAAAGGGACGCACGGCCUCUCCAGCUGAGUGCUUUGCCAGACAGCGGUGCCUGAGAACAGCCAGGGUGGGCAGCGUGGUGGCCACAGGGGGCCGUUGUCCGGGCACCCCGCCAGGUCUCCCACUGACUCCACGGACAAGUGCACUGACGCAUCCCGGGCCUUGCAUCUCCCGUCCACUCACAUGGCCUGUGGCCGGGCUGGAUGCUUCUCUGGAGCACCCACUUCUUCCAAGGCUGGAGGUGGGGGGCUGCCACCUCAGGCCUGGGGCUGCAGGGGAGCAUUGUGGGCCGGGAGCAGGGUGUCUCCGGCACGCCCCAGACCCAGGCUCCCUCUGCAGCCAGGAGGUGGCCAGUCCCUGGAGCUUGGGACAUGCCCAGGCCUGGCCAGCAGACCCCUAGGGACGGGCUGUGACCCCCAUUGCCACCGAUCACUGUGGCAGCCCCUUCCUGGUCACUGGAGCCCUGAGCGCCUCUUACAGGAGUGUGGGGCUGUGCCUCCCCACCCACCCAGUGCAGGGCUGGGCCCCUCGGCGUCGACUUUGCCCCAAUCCUGGGCCUCCCUGGGAUGUCCCCAUACACCUCCCGCCCGGGUUCUCUGCCGCCCUGAGGACGCUCCGCUGGGCAGUGACUGGGCUCAGGGCCCCCACAGGGUUCCUCACCUGUGUCCCCACAGCCGCUGCAGCCUCGUGGGGAGUGACGAGGGUGUCAAGUCCCCCCCUGGGCUCGCGUGUGCCCCCACUCCUGGGCCAGGCCCUUGCCCAAGCGCCGGCUGACCGCUGAGGUUCCACUGGCCUUAAGUGCCCACCCACCCCUGGCCUCCCGGGGCCCCGAGCGGGGUGGGCGACCUGCCGUCCCGGUCCGCCCCCUCCCCCUGGGCCAGCGGGGAGGUGUGGGGGUGGCCGUUUGGGGUCCACUUAGGGCUCCCAGCGAGCACCGGGCCCGUGUUUUAUCAGAUGGAGCUGGAAAAAGAUUGGGUUCUUAGUCCACAUGAGGUGUCCCGGAUGCCGUUUCUUUUCGUUUAAUUAUCCCUGCCAUCAUUAUUUGUGUUCAUUUCUUCAAGUCCACUGCUGCUGUGAAGAGUGUCGUGAAAUCACCUCCGUGUUUCUAAACAGAGGCUCUUAGCCUUCUGCCUUUUGAUCUUUCAGUUUAGACAUUAUUUAUGGACUGUUUUUAUGGAAGAUGAGCGUUUUGCCAUCCUAGCCCCCAGCCCCCCUCCACACGUACACCCAAAUGUGAUUUUCAGUUAAAUCAAGAGUGGGUGUUGAUAGCUGCAGCUCGGUCUGUAGACGCUCGCGAGUACGUUUUAUUUGUGCUCAGCUCCUCCAUCUCCGCACGGUCGCUGUUCGCCUCGUUUGCCGUCUGCUUCCUCUGGGUCCUCCACGCUCGCUCACCCUGACCUCCUGGGGGACCAGACUCUCCCCUCCCUGCCCUGGGACCCCCAGGGACCCGCGCCGCUCUCUCUCACCGCGCUUCCUCCCUCGGAGCUUCCUGUGGCAGCAGCGACAGCCAGUGUGGGAGGCGCUGCCCCCUGCCCAUCUCCCCUGCCCUCUGCCCCGGCCGGUGGCUGGCUGGGUGGGUGGCCCUGGUCAUCCCCCCCCAGACCUCGCUGUUGGAUCCCGGCCAGCUGCCUUCCCCGGAAGCUGUGCUCUGCGGGGGAGAGGGUGGCCUGAGGGUGCUGGGCCAACGGGACCCCUGUCCCUGGCCAGGUCUGCCCUGGGUGGCCCUCAGGGGGCACGUUGUCACAGAGCUGACGCCUGGGGCAGUGUCUGCUCCUACAGGGUCCCUCUCACCCACCCCUGGGAGACGCCCCAUGCUGGACAUCAGGCACCAGGUGGGUGGGGGCUCCGGGCUCUGUCCUGCAUGCAGGAGCUGAGGGUCGUGGCUCUGUGAGGGUGUCAGUGCACCACGAGGUGCCCCCAAUGCUCCCACACUGGGGACCCCUGAGUGUGAGCCCAGGCUAUACGCACAGUCAGGAGCAGCCUGGAAGGACCCACAGCUGCAGGGCAUUCCUGGUGUCAGCCAUACCAGCAUCUGAGCAUCAGGGCAAAUCCUACAACUGGGGUACUCGAGCCCUGGGGCCCACAGGCCAUUGAUCAGCAGUCGGGGGGCUGCGGCGGGGGACGGGGUGGUACUGGGAGUGUUAAGGAGGCACAGGGGCAUGCAAGGGCAGGCUGUGGACACCAGGGGCAGGGGACACCGAGAGCAGGGGCUCGCAGAGCUGGUGGGGACCAGUGGCUGCAGGGAGGGUCCUUGGGCACAAUGAGCCCUGGCCUGGGGGUGAGGGUCAGCAGCUGCGGGCGGGCGCACUGCCCGGCUCCCCGACCCACCACAGUAACCCCGUCUCUGCUUUCUCCGAGGUCCCUGGCAAUGAGGGCACCCUGCUCUCCCGAGUGUCACCCCCUUGGGAGCACCUGGCCACGACCCCAGCCCAGUGGGGAUCAGGCAUCCCUCCAGCCGGCUGCUCGUGGACCCAGGCCCAGCCCGCGGCAUCGGCGAGUCCUGGAGAGGAGCAGGUGCCUGGCACUGACCCGAGAAGCGCGACAUCUUGGCUGAAAGUCUCUUCUGGACGUGACACUGCGGGAGCCCCCACGCGCUCGCUGCUCGCUGUGGGCUGGGGGCGUCCUUGGGGGGAGUGGGGCCUGGGACCCCCAGCUUGGCGUGGGCUGCCCCGCGGGUUUCAGGAAACCAAAUUGCACGUUCGGUAUUCCCCCUUCCCCAGCUGUUGGGCGAGGGGUCCCUGUGCCCUCUAGACUGGGGGGCCCAGCCCAUCACCCUCACCCGCAUCCGUCUCAGAGUACAGGUCCCCGGGGUGCCCAGCACCCAGCCUGCAGGGCGGCCCCGUCCCCCGAGAGCUGCCGAGAGUCCUGGGACCGCGAGGAGGGGCCGUGAUCCCCUGUCCCCCUGUCGUCACCUUAAAGACCAAAAAGAAACAAAGAAAGAGAAAGAAAAUUUGUCUUCUCUUUCUUUCUUCAAGCAUAAAACAGAAUAAAAAGAAGCCAAUGAA